AUGUUGCCAUAUCAAGCGGUAGCUAUGGACUACGCGGUGGCUUCAGCUGGUUUCCACCACCAGAGGCCUGGAGGGUUGCCCGGCGUGAUGGGCCUCCCCGGGCCGGGGCCUGGCCUCAAUCCUGGCCUAAACCCGGCCUUCACCCAUUCCUGCAUCCUGGAACUGCGAAAAGAGAAGAGUAGAGACGCAGCGCGCUCUAGGAGAGGCAAAGAGAACUACGAGUUCUACGAACUGGCGAAGAUGCUCCCACUACCAGCGGCCAUCACCAGCCAGUUAGACAAGGCGUCCAUCAUAAGGCUGACUAUAAGCUACCUCAAGUUACGAGACUUUUCCGGACAUGGAGACCCUCCGUGGAGUCGCGAUCCUCCGCCGUCAAGUAAGGCUUUGAAAGGUGCCCAAAACAGACGGACGGCGAUAGGGCUGGCUAUGGAACUGUUUGAACAACAUCAAGGAACGCAUAUAUUACAGUCCUUGGAUGGGUUCGCACUUUCCGUGGCCGCUGACGGAAGGUUCCUGUACAUAUCUGAAACUGUUUCUAUAUAUUUAGGAUUAUCACAAGUAGAGAUGACUGGCAGUAGUAUAUUCGACUACGUGCACCAAGCUGACCACGCUGAGAUCGCUGAGCAGCUUGGAUUGUCCCUGACUGGGAGACCAGGAGGUGCUGGACUGAACAGUCCAGCAUCUGGUAGUGAAGAAGGAAGCCAGCAUGGAACCAAUAACCCUGAUGUGUCAUCACAAAUGAGUCUGGCAGCAAGUGGCUCGCUAUAUCGAGGGAUGGACCGAGCCUUCUGUGUGAGAAUGAAGAGUACACUGACCAAAAGAGGCUGUCACUUCAAGUCUUCAGGAUACAGGGUUGUUUUGAUGCUGUGCCGCCUUCGACCUCAGUACUCCUUUUCUCAUAGCCGCAAGUCUCCGACAGUACUCCUGGGCAUGGUGGCUCUAGCCAUAGCAUUACCACCACCAUCAGUCCACGAGAUCAGAUUGGAGUCAGAUAUGUUCGUCACCAGAAUCAACUUUGACUUCCGAAUAGCACAUUGCGAGCCCAGCAGGGUGUCAGAGCUUCUAGGCUACACUGCGGAGGAGCUGACGGGGAAAAAUCUCUACGCGCUUUGCCACGGAGAAGAUGCCAACAAACUUAGAAAAUGUCACGUAGAUUUCAACUUUCAAUAA